UAUUCGGUGCAGUGAUAAGGGCCUUCAUACUGGGAGGUGAUCUGUGUUAUCAGUUCUCAACUUUUCGGUAUUUUUUUCAUGAAAGUGAAAUUGUAUGAUCCAUAAAAUCUAUUAAAUAUGUGAAAUUGUUUUGUUUUGGUAAUUUAACUUCAUAUUCUUCAUCCUAUAAUUUCGAUUAAGAAAAUACUACACACGAUUCAUUAAAAAGGUGUUGUGAUUUAGUUAGAAAGGAGAUUGCAGGUAACUCACGGUCUAAUACAAAGAAUUGAAGCUACUGAUGUUGCAAUCUUCACUGCGAAAAUAGCUUGUUGUAACCGAAAGUUCACGAAACAUCAGAUGUUCAUUACCUACAACAUUGCUAAAUAAGUCAGUAAAUUCAAAGAGUAGAAAUGAAGCUAUUGGUGUUUGUAUUUCGUGUUAUGAUAUUAUGUGGUUUGAUAAGUGCUGGAAUGAGUAUAGGAAUAAGUCGCCAUGAAGUGAAUCAAAAGAUUUUGGAUUUUCAAGAACAACACUAUAGCGUACACGAUUGCGGAAAUGAGAUAAAAUUUGUUUCAAAGCGUGGUAACAGAAAUCUUUUUCAUUUGAAAUCUUCCGCUUGUCAGAAAAAAAUUACGUUAAAGCAUAAGCGACAUGGACUACAAUAUCAUCGAAAAAAAUCGUUCCUUGUACGUCCUAGUAUUACCACAGAAGAACGUAAUAACACAAAACGAGCUCAAGCCAUACAUUGGCCAGUUAAGCGUGAAGCAGUCGUAGAAGGAGAUAUCAUCCUAGGUGGGCUCAUGAUGGUGCAUUCUAGAGAGGAUUCUGUUACAUGUGGACCAAUCAUGCCACAAGGUGGCAUUCAAGCCUUAGAGACAAUGCUCUAUACUCUAGACAAAAUUAACAUGGAAAACUUGAUUCCCAAUGUAACAAUUGGAGCACAUAUUUUGGAUGAUUGCGACAAGGACACAUACGGCCUUGAGAUGGCAGUUGAUUUCAUAAAAGGAUCAAUCAGUAAUAUAGAUGAUGUGAUGGAUUAUAAUAACUGCAGUAGAGGACUUAAAAAAAAGAUUAUCUCUGGAGUUGUAGGUGCUGCAUCAUCAGUAACGUCCAUUCAAGUUGCCAAUUUAUUACGUCUUUUCAGAAUUCCUCAGGUGUCAUACUUUUCGACUAGUCCGGAACUGAGUAAUAAACAAAGAUUCGAGUAUUUUUCGCGAACGAUUCCAUCAGAUCACUAUCAAGUAAAGGCAAUAGUGGAAAUUGUACGCAAGCUAGGUUGGAGUUACAUUUCAAUUAUUUAUGAAGAAAGUAAUUACGGCAUUAAGGCUUUUGAAGAACUGGAUGAGUUAUUUUCCAAGAAUGGUAUAUGUAUCGCAAUUAAAGAAAAGCUAGUUAAAGAUUCUGGUGUGGCAGAAAAGAUCGCAUAUGAUAAUAUUGUACUGAAACUAUUGACAAAAUCGAGAGCAAAAGGGGUGAUAAUAUUCGCAUCAGAUCAGGAAGUUGCAGAGGUAAUGAGAGCAGUUCGAAGGCAAAAUGUAACUGGUGUAUUUUCUUGGAUAGGAUCAGAUGGUUGGAGUGCUCGAAAUUUAGUGUCCGAUGGAAAUGAAGCUGAAGUUGAAGGCACAUUGUCCGUGCAACCACAAGCGAAUUCUGUAAUUGGAUUUGAAGAAUAUUUUCUAAAUCUGACUGUUACUAACAAUUAUCGGAACCCGUGGUUUAUAGAAUUUUGGGAGGAUCACUUUCUUUGCAAAUACCCAGGAUCACCGAUAACUCCUUAUAACGCGUUGUAUGCUAAAACGUGCUCAACGGCAGAGAGACUUUCGAAGCAAACCCUUGAUUUUGAAGAUCAACUACAAUUUGUUAGUGAUGCUGUCAUGGCUUUUGGUUACGCGUUGAAGAACAUGCAUCACGAGUUGUGUAAUGGAAAAGCAGGAUUGUGUUCCGAAAUGAGACCAACAAAGGGUGCCAAUCUACUUAAAUAUCUCCGCAAAGCUGAUUUUAUUGGUUUAAGUGGAGAUAGGUUUAACUUCGACAUUAAUGGCGAUGGUCCCGCUCGAUAUAACAUAAUCCAUUUCAAACAAAUCGAAUCAGAUAAAUAUAAAUGGAUAAAAGUUGGUGAAUACUAUCAAGGAGAACUACGCUUAAACAUGGAAGAACUUCAAUUCGGCCUUAAAAAAAAGAAUGCUCCCGAAUCUGUCUGUAGCAAACCAUGUGAAAGAGGGCAAGCAAAAAAAUAUGUAGAAGGCGAAGGGUGUUGCUGGCAUUGUUUCAACUGUUCGCAAUAUCAGAUUCAAAAUCCAACAGAUGAGACUCAUUGCAUAAAUUGUCCACGAGGAACACUGCCUGAUAUAUAUCAUGAGAAUUGUCAGCAUAUUGCCGAAGAUUAUUUGAAGCCAGAAUCCUCAUACGCUAUCGGAGCUAUGUUGUUUAGUUCCCUCGGAAUGAUUGCGACUCUCUUCGUCGUAGGCGUGUUCUUAAAGAACAAUGAUACACCUAUCGUUCGAGCAUCAGGGAGGGAGCUUAGUUAUGUGCUCUUGAGUGGAAUUCUACUAUGUUACGGAGUAACUUAUGCACUAGUUUUCAAACCUGAUGACAUCGUUUGUGGUGUUCAACGGUUUUGGUCAGGAUUUUCAUUCACUGUCGUCUACGCAGCGCUAUUGACAAAAACCAAUCGAAUAGCUCGUAUAUUCAAUGCAAGCACAAAAUCAGCAAAGCGUCCAUCGUUUAUAAGUCCCCACUCACAACUUGUAAUAUGUGGAAUUCUGAUAUCUUUCCAGGUACUCAUCAAUGCAGUAUGGAUGGUUGUUUCCCCUGCGCAUGCAAUGCACCAUUAUCCGUCGAGAGAGGACAAUUUGCUCGUUUGCAAUUCUUAUACGGAUGCGUCUUACAUGGUUGCAUUUUUUUACCCAAUUUUGCUUAUUAUCGUCUGCACCGUUUAUGCUGUAUUAACUCGUAAGACUCCAGAAGCUUUCAACGAAUCUAAAUAUAUAGGUUUCACUAUGUAUACUACAUGUGUGAUAUGGCUGGCAUUUAUUCCACUGUAUUUUGGAACAGGAAAUAAUGUUCAACUACGCAUAACAUCAAUGUCUGUAACAAUAAGCUUAUCAGCCACGGUAACCCUGGCCUGUUUAUUUUCACCCAAGCUGUAUAUCAUACUUAUACGACCGGAACGCAACAUAAGGCAGAGUAUGAUGCCAAUUCGAUAUAGUACUAUUAACAAAACUACAGGAUCUGCGCAAUCUUCAAUGAUGGCAGCUGUUAUCGUUACAGCCGCAACGUGCAAUGAGAAUGAGAAGGUGAUAAAAAAUGUUUCAAACGAAAAUAUUGCUGGCACGUUUUAAAAGCGAACAGUUAAAAUUAAGAUCAGUGCAAGGCAUCCAUACGAAAAAAAUACUGUACAUUACUUGUUUCUGUCAAGUUUAUAAAUAAACCAAAAUAUUCGUUAAUUUUCUUUUACUCAAAACAAA